AUGAAAAGGUUCUCAAACUGUAAACCAGACAAGAGAGUAUUAGCAAAGGCGACUUCCGCUGCAUUACUUGCUGCCCGGAAGCAUAUCAGAUCCAUCGGUGGAAAACGGCUGAUUCAGCUUCCACGAGUUAUACCUAUUCCCAAGGUUGGAGGCGUCAUUCCUUUGAUACCAAUUUUUGCCGGUCUUUCAGCAUUAGGUAGUCUAGCUGGGGGUAUUGCCAACAUAACAAGAGCUGCUAAAACAGCUAGUUAA